AUAAAAAGCGGAAAAUAAGAAGGGGUCAAAAGUUGUUUGUUAUCUUUGGUCCACCCAAUCCUUACGCUUAAGCCUGUCUCAUCCGAUGUGUUUGUUUCUGUGUUUCAAAAAUUGAAAAUCCCUCCUCGAGUCCUGGUCUUCGUGGAAGCUAGUGAUGCAACAAAUAAGUGACCCUCACGAUCUCUCCACCCUUCUCUCUCUCUCUCUCUCUCUCUCUCUAAAAGUUUCGGAUCACCACACGACCAUUUCCUCUCGGCUUGAAACCUCCUCCUAAAUACUCCCUUCUCUCCCACCCAGCCAACUUUUUUAUCUUGCGGCAAGGUUUAUCCUUGUUGGUUUUUUUCUUUAUUUUCUGUUUACUUUUCUGGGUUUUACUGAAACUCCCUCGUAUUUUAUUGGGUUUCUAUCUCCCAAAUUUCUUCUUGUUUUCCCACAGAGAUUCUCCAACUGGGUCUUUUGUCUUGUUCUUUUUGUUUAUUUUGUUCUGUUUUUUCAUUUUUUACUGGUAAUACUUGUGUCAUUGGGUCUACAUUCUCUGUGCAUCUUUUUGUUGGGGGUUGGUGACCUGAUGUCUCUGGCCGUUGGACUUGUUUCGAGCUCCAAAAACAUGGGGUUGGAUGAUGAGAACGCCGCCGAGGUUUCCCACAAGACGGAAAAAACCGGUGAGGCAAGUGCGGAUCAACUAUCCACAGGGAUGGUUAGAUCACCCAGUGAGGGUUCCCUCUGUCAGACCGAGGAAGAAGACGACGAUGACGAAGUAAAGAAGAUUGAGUUGGGGCCUCAGUUCACUCUCAAAGAACAAAUUGAGAAGGAUGCGGACGAUGAGAGCUUGAGGAGGUGGAAGGAACAGCUUCUUGGGAGUGUGGAUGUUAAUUCUGUUGGAGAAACUCUAGAACCAGAAGUUAAGAUCAUGAGCCUGGCAAUUAAAUCCCCUGGCAGAUCUGAUAUAAUUCUUCCGAUUCCUGUGGACGGAAAUCCCAAAGGGUUGUGGUUUACUUUGAAAGAAGGUAGCCGUUACAGCCUCGAAUUCACUUUUCAGGUCAGCAAUAACAUCGUUUCAGGUCUCAAAUACACCAACACAGUCUGGAAAACUGCUGUGAAAGUUGAUAGCACGAAAGAAAUGCUUGGAACAUUUAGUCCACAGUCAGAGCCUUACACACAUGUGUUGCCCGAGGACACAACCCCAUCUGGCAUAUUUGCUAGGGGAUCUUAUUCAGCUCGAAGCAAGUUUGCUGACGAUGACAACAAGUGCUUCUUGGAGAUUAACUACACCUUUGAUAUCCGAAAAGACUGGCAAUCGUCGUAAAAAUUCGAUCUGUUUUAUCGAUUUGUAGUCCAUUGUUUUGUUUUCUCAAGCUGAGACGAUCUGCAAUUCAUUGUAAACUUGUGAAAAAUAUUCCGCUGCUGCCUUUGUUUAUUUUUCAAUCCAAUCUGAGACUGGUGACUUCAUACAA